CGGGUACUGACAAUGGGCCUAUUUGGGUAAGUCCUGUUUUUUAGCCCCAGUACCUCCCUGGUCACUUCUCGCUUAUACCAAUAGCGCAAAUGCCAAUAUACAUGUGCCAGGUAAAAAAUAAUCCUAAUCUGUCAUCACAUCUCAACAGCUUUUCCUGUUGAAGGUUAAUAGUGAUAUAAUUAGUCUGCAUAAUUCUCAUCCAAUCUGGCAUAAAAACUAAUCUUCACAGCAAGAUACUAACACGGUGAAUAUCGAAAAUACCAAAGAUUUUCUCUUAUGAGGAAUGAUUGCUGUCAACACCCUUAGCUGCUGUUAAUCAAAAUUAGUGUCUAAUUAAAAUGUGCACAAUGGAAAAACUGCAACUAUACAGAGUUGUCUCGCUCUGAACUGGGAUGUUGUUGUUAAUGUGACUGUUAUUUAAAAGCAGGGGAUUUAGAGACUUUGGAGACACGUGCACACGUGUUAUCCUACUUUUAGACAACCACUUUACAGUAUGAGAUCAGAGAGAAAGAAGAGGAGGAGACUGCAGGAGAGACAAAAAGGUUGGAAGAGAAAAAUAGGCAUCAUGACAGAGCAGGUCAGUGCCUUGCCAGUCCUCAAGCCCUUCUCUCUGAAGACGCCUGUCAGAGUGGUUAACACUCUGCGACAGCGACGACACACACUCCCUGCUAGCGAGUUCAGAAACCUCACGCCACAGGACGCCAUCAGUGUGUUUGAGAUUGAAAGAGAAGCAUUUAUCUCUGUGUCUGGAGAGUGUCCACUUACCCUGAAAGAAGUGCUAAACUUCCUGGGUCAGUGCCCUGAGCUGUCGCUGGGUUGGUUUGAGGAGGGACAGCUGGUAGCUUUCAUUAUUGGCUCUGGCUGGGACAAGGAGAGGCUUUCACAGGAGGCAAUGACUCAGCAUAUCCCAGACAACUCCACUGUGCACAUCCAUGUUCUGUCAGUGCACCGUCACUGUCGCCAGCAAGGCAAGGGCUCCAUCCUUUUGUGGCGCUAUUUGCAGUACCUGCGCUGUGUGCUGGGCCUUCACAGAGCUCUGCUGAUUUGCGAGGACUUCCUGGUACCCUUCUACCUCAAUGCCGGCUUUAAGGAGAAAGGACCAUCAACCAUCUCCAUACCCAACAUGCAAUUCCAAGAGAUGGAGUACGUGCUCAAUGGGCGGAUGUACGCACAGCGGAACAGCGGCUGCUAG